UGACAACCAUGAGUUGAACAUUGCAAUACUCAUGAUCCCGUGCGCCGAUAUAAUCCAGGCAACCGAAUUUAUCUUGGACCGACCGCUAUCUCUCUUCCACCGCCUUAUCCCCAGGCUACCACCCACCAAAGACGGGCUGAAUCUUGCCUGCGCAUUGCGGAGUAAACGAUAUGUCUUCGACCAUGGAGGAAGAAGCAACGAUAUCAAUACCAUCUCUAGCCUUCGUCGCAGUUCUAGGCUUUUUUAUAUACCGCUAUUUCUUCUCCGCGCCGCGGACCGGAGGGGAUAGAUCGGCGGCAUCAUCGUCACGCACCAACGGACUUCGAUUCACGCCAGCCCAAGUCGAUCAAAUAGCUCAAAUGUUCCCACAACUCAGCCGGCGAGACAUUAUGUGGGAUCUCCAUCGGAAUAGAGGCAGUGUACAGGCCACAACAGAACGAGUGUUGACAGGACGGGGGCUGGACCCGGCCCCACCUUCAUUUCAGCCGCCGCCACAGUUUACGGCGCCGUCGUCAGAGCCCGCCACUGCAUCAAUAGCGACAUCUUCUUCGACGACUAUUCCACUUCCUCCGGAUCUCAUCUCGAGAUAUAACCUUCAAGCCAAGAUCAAUUCAAAGGGCAAGGAGAGAGAGGAGGAGGAUCCGCCGCCGGGCUGGGCCAGCAGCAAGGAGGCAAGACAGAAGAUGCUGCAACAGCGAAGAGAGGAAAUGAUUCUCGCAGCGCGAAGGAAACUGCAGGAAAAGGAUCAGGCCUCGGAACCUGCACCUCUGAAUUAAAUCAAUGACAGCCUGGCGAUCAAUGGACUUCAAGGCUGGCAUUCGCGUUCAUUGCGCGGCGCAAACACUUGAGCGAGCGAACAAGUAAAGUAGGAAAGCAGGAACACGGACAGUCCAGAUGUGCAAGCAGGUAUAUAAUUUUUAUUUUCCCUCUCCCAAUUCGAAAGCAUCAUUCCAUGCAUGGCAUGAAGCCACGACGGAUGAGAUUCCAG